GUGGAUUUCGUCUAUAUAAACAGAAGGCUACCCUCCUCUUUUCGUUUUUCAUCCAAAACUCUGUCUUCAUCUACUAAACAUCACCAUACUACUUCCGACCUCAAUAUCAGACUUACCUAUCUAGGUACACGACUGGACAACUAGACAACUGGUUACGGCAGUACACCGACGUGACAGCGCAAUGUGUCCGUGCGGCGCCGCUUGUCGAUGCAACCCUUGCCGUUGCGGCAAUGGCCGUACCGCCCAUGAGUCCACACACGAUUCCGGACAUGCAAGCGGCAGCGGUCGCUCCCGUAAUGGCGGACAUAAACAUGGCCAUGGGAAGUCUCACAGGCAUGGGAGCUCUCAUCACCAUGGGCACUCGCAUGGCCACGGAUACUCGAACGACUACGAGCAAUCGUAUGAUUUCGAUGGCGGGGACACAACUUUCCGUGGUCAGGGCUACAUCCUCGGACAUGUGAACGAUGGCCACCAUACCGGACGUGACCUAGACCCCAGGAGGGCUCACCCAGUCAUCUGGACCCCUAUUCCUCAGUCUUAUCUCGACUCCCAAGCCCAGUCCGGAACUCAGGCCCAUUCCGGAACCCGAAACCCGAUUCUCAUCAACAACGAUGACGACCGGGUAGGACAGAUACCUGGUCAUAAUAUAGGUCAAUAUCUGCUGGAUCAGCUGGAGCUCUGGCAAAGAUCGGCCUUGACUUCGGACAAUGGGCUUCCGCAAACCCAGAAUCAUUAUAUCCUUCCCGACCCGCACAUGCGCGAGUUAUUCGGCGACGACUAUACGGACAGAACGCCUGAUGAGUACAUGGUUUUAUUGGAACAGUCCGUGAAUAACUUUUUCCCGGACCCUCAAGCUCCCAUCGGCGCCGACGGCCGUACCAACUAAAUCCGCAACGACAGCAUCCGUACAUACCGUAUGGCAGUAAAAAAGGCCGAAGAUUGACUACCAAUGACCUUUAAAGAUACUGGAAAUGACGGGGUUAACUUCGUUUAUGGACACCAUUAGUCGAAUUGAUGAUACCCAGGGAGGAUUCUUGACGGUUUGUUAUAGUUACCUAACUACCUACCUAGGUAGGGAUUUAACCUAGU